CUCUCUGCUAAUGAUACACUUUGCCAGUGGUGCUUAGAGGACUGGCACCUGCUGCUCCUUGGUGAUUCAGCCUCUUACAGCUGCCGUUUAAACAUAACAGGAUGUCGCUUGUGCCGCUGCUGCUGCUGCUGCCUCUGCUUAACAGUAGUGUUUACAUGAGAGCCGGCUCCACUCGCAAAGUCUUCAGGUGAGUCAGCUGAAUUUUGAACACUGGAGUUAUAGCAAUUCUUCUGAAACUGUGAAAAAUCUGAAAGAAACUUAUUUAUUUUCAUUUUUAUUACUUGGAGAACCACCAUGCCUUGAGAACGGUCCCAAAAGAAGAAGAAUCAUCGUCAUUUAUUUGACUAUUUAUAUAUUUCUAUAGCUUGAUGUCUGUAUCUAUGCCCGCACCAUCAAGUUAUUUUGUGAUCAGAUAAUGGAAGACCCGCUUCAUCGUUUUUGCUGGCUGCUGUCUUGUGCACCAAGUUAGAGUUCAGGCCUCUGGAGACUUUUGUCUGACCAACGGUGUGAGGAUGUCUGAGGGAGCUGAUGAAACCUCCCCAGGCCCUCCCACCCCUCCCUGUGCUGCUGAUGCUGCUGCUACUGAUUCCCCGCUCUUUGCCUCCACGGCCCAGGAAAAUACCCCAGAAGUGUCCGCGGCAACGGAGGGUGUUGCCGAGGAAAACCGAGCUCUGGGAUUGGCAGGUCUGGCUGCUACCUGCUGCAUCUGCAUGGAGACAGCACAAGUGAGGAGCUGCCUGAACUCUGAGAAGAUCUGCGUCUUGCCCAUCUUGGCUUGCCUCAUCAGCCUGGCUCUCUGUACUGCUGGCCUCAAGUGGGUCUUUGUGGACAAGAUCUUUGAGCCCCACACCCACCUCGACCCCAAUCGGAUUGGUCAGGACCCAGUAAUCUAUGCCGACCAAACUCUGGUGCCCACUGGAGAGCCACCAGCUGCACAUACCUCAGUUCUACCCAGCCACAGCACAGGGCAAACAGUGCAGGUGAAAGUUGACCCUUCUGUGGCGCCUGACCCUGUCCACAAUCCAACCUUCAGUAGCCCUACCUCGGCUUUAACUCUGCUAACCACUCCUGCCAACCAGAGACCCCUCACAACUCCAAACGUGAAAGGACCCACCACUGGGCAUCCUCUGCAAACAGUGGAAACUAACAUAAUAAAAAUACCCAAGUUGCCAACCACAACUGCUCCUACGCUAGGAACUGGCCAUGUCAUUAAGUGUAGCGACAGUGAGAAGAACUACUGUGUGAACGGAGGAGAAUGCUUCAUCCUCAACACAAUCCCAAGCAAAACUAAAUACCUGUGCAGGUGCACACCAGAGUUCAUGGGAGAACGAUGUCUAGACAGAAUGCCGCUGAAAAUCCAACAGCAUCUUGGGAUUGAAUUUAUGGAAGCUGAAGAGCUCUACCAGAAACGAGUGCUAACGAUCACAGGCAUCUGCAUUGCUCUGCUAGUGGUUGGCAUCAUGUGUGUGGUUGCCUACUGCAAAACCAAGAAACAAAGGAAAAAGCUUCACGACCGCCUAAGGCAGAGUUUGCGAUCCGAGCGUAACAACAUGAAUAACCUUGCAAACGGACCCCACCACCCCAACCCACCCACAGAAAGUGUACAGCUAGUGAUUCAUGCAUCUAAAAUCACCAUGACUGCAGACCAUAUAAUUGAAACAGAAACAUCAUUCUCCACAAGCCAGUACUCGUCAACCACAUGUCACGCUACCCCUGUCACCCAGACAUCGAGCCACAGCUGGAACAAUGGAAACACUGAAUGCAUGACAUCACAAAGCCGUUCUGCCCUGGUGACAUCUUCAAUGGGAACCAAUGGACAGACCGGUCCGGUUGGGCACCGAGGUCGUCUGAAUGGUACAGGCUGUGCUCGAGAUCUUACCACUUACUUAAAGAAUACACAGGACUCUCCCGAGUCUUAUAAGGACUCGCCACACAGUGAGAGGUACGUGUCUGCGAUGACGACACCUAACCGCAUGUCCCCUGUGGAGUUGCAGUCCCCUUUGUCUCCGUCUUCAGAGAUGUCCCCGCCCCUUUCCAGCUUGGCCACAUCUGUUCCCUCCAUGGCCAUCAGCCCUUUGGUGGAGGACGAGAGGCCGCUCCUAUUGGUUACACCUCCACGUGUGAGGGAAAAACGGAACGACAAUACCAAUAGCAGCCAGCAGCGUAACUCUGCCCACUACAACCAUGGUCUUGAGGCCCACAGCCCUCCUCCCAGCCCACUGAGGAUAGUAGAAGAUGAUGAGUAUGAGACCACCCAGGAGUAUGAACCACAACAGCCUGCAAAGAAGGUUGCCAAUGGCCGGCGGGCAAAAAGAACAAAGCUCAAUGGCCACAUUCCACACAAAUUGGAGUCCGACAGCGACUCAAGCUCAGAGAGCAGCAGCUCUGAGAGCGAGACUGAAGACGAGCGAAUAGGGGAAGACACACCUUUCUUGAGCAUACAGAAUCCCAUGGCAGCAAACCUCGAGUCAGCCCCAGCAUUCCGGUUGGCUGACAGCAGCAGGACUAACACAACCCAUCGGCUAUCCACACAGGAGGAUUUGCAAGCUAGGCUGUCCAGUGUAAUAGUUAAUCAAGAUCCAAUUGCUGUGUAAAAAAAAUAAAUACUUAUACAUAGUCACCAGUAAAACUUUAUUUUAUAUAAAUGAAGUAUUCUGAAAAAAAGAAGAAAAAAAUACUUAAACUAUUUUAUUUUAGCAGUAGUGGAAUAAAACGAUAGUCUUUUAUAAAUUAAAUAUAUGUAUGUAAAAUGCGUUUUGAGUUUUGAAUGAAUGUGCCAUAUGUAGCAGUUUUUACAGUAUUUCAAUGGAGAAAAUUAUCAAUGGUGCCUUUUUGUUCUGUUAUGUUAAGAGCAGGUUUCGUACAGUGAUUGGUGUCCCACAGUAUUUCCACAAAACUAUUACACUUUACAAUGGCUUGCUGUUUAGUGUUUGUCAUCAAUAUAUCCGAUGCUUCCUAAGUAAUGCAUUAUGGGGAUUUGAAUAAAGAAACUCAUGUUAACUGACACUGGCAAAGGGUAGUCAUAAACUGCCUUUCUUCUAGUUUGUUUAAUUAAUGCAUUAAAAGUGUUGGCCAUCAGCUAAACUAUCUUACUCUGUAAAGUCCUUCAUUCUCAAAUAGAUUUCCCUUUCAAGUGGUUUUGUGUGAAGUACAGAAAGAAAACCAUAGCUGUUCUUACUCCACAGACGAGUGCCCUGCCACAAAUGUAAUAACACAUAACAGGAUAUGUGUUGAGACUGAAAAAACUAAACACACACAACACAUAAAAGAAGACUGGUAAAAAGGACCUUGAGGAGUCAUACUCCAACCAAAUUCAAAAACUAUCAAUACCAUAACAGAGAAGACUACAAGAGGGUUGUAGUGUUUGCAUUCAUUAAGUAGUUGUGAACUUUGGCCUGAAAUCUUUUCAAAAUUUCUUAUUUUAAUUAUUUAUGUAUUUAUGUAUUUAUUUAUUUAACUUUUAAAAGUAUUAUUUUGAAAUAAAAACUGCCCAUGUACCAUGUGUCAGGACAUGCUGUAUGCCACUGGGGCGUAUACACUGUCCCCUGAACAAGUACAGGACACCCUGUGGACAGAGAGUAGUGCACACAUAGGAAUACAAGCAGGCUCACCCCAUGAUGCUUUGCUUUAGAACAAGGGGCCAACAGCAAGACAUAAUGCAGUUACAUAGAAACAAAAAUCUACAGCUACAGUACAGUUGUUGGUUUUUUUGUCAGUAAAAGUGCAAUAGCUCAUUUUUAUUUCUUUUAUUUUUAGGGUUGCUUAUUUUUUUUAAACAAGCAUGAUUAUAAAGGUUAGCAGUGCACCAGUAAUGUAUUCCUAUUAUGCAGCUGUUAGUAGGAGUAAAAAUGGUGCCCAUGGUUCAAUACCAAAGCCUUAUUGGAACUAUAUACUGCUGAGUGAAUGACUGUAACAAAGGCUGUUAAACUUGCUUUGGUAAACCAGAAUACUAUAACAUGCACGCACAUUGCAUUGACCAGACCUACAACUAGCAUGCGGUGCACUUAUAUAGUGCAUGUGCAUGGAAGGGUUUGGAUGACUUACAAAACAAAGACCUCCUGUAAGUGACAAUUAUUACAUAAUGACAGAACUAUUGCACCUUUGUUGCUUUAACGCCACUAAUUCCCAGUGCAAGCCACUAUGAAACAAUGUUUCCUUUCUGCAGUGUCCCCCACCAGUUAUCAACUGUCAGAAAACUGGUUUGUGUGUGUGUAUGUGUGCACAUAUAUAUAUAUAUAAAAUUCAGUCAUUUCCCACAAUAUAUGUAAUACUAUAUAGAAACAGACACAUUGUAUGGGUAUCUGCAUUAUAUGUCAUUAAGCUCUUCUUAAUUUACCUUGAUCAGACUUGACCAGAAACCCCAAUUGCUAUUGGUCAAUGUCUUCUACAUUAUAUCAAUUAUUUAAAUAUCACCAGUUCACAGCUACAUAUCUGAUGCUAUGGGUCGCAUAAUAAGUCACUGGCCCUGCAAAUAAUUCUGCUAGCUAUUAAUAAUGCUACGCCUUUAGCAAUGACGCUGUCUUUUUUACUGGUCAGCUCUCUGGUUUUGACAAAUAUAAAUGUACAUUUGGCUGUCUUUUAUUGUAACCAUCUCUUCAUAACAUCCAAAUCCAUUUCUGAUGUCAAACAAUACAAUACAUUACACUUAGUCUGUGCCUGACAAUAGAGUCAAGUCACUGUGCAGUAGAGAAUAAUAAAGUCAAAUCAAUAAAAAUAAUAUAAUAAAACUCACCUUGUUUUGAAAGCAACACGCUGUAAAAUGCACUUGAGAUCUUGAAAUCAGCAAAUCUGUUAUUAGCAAAGCUCUAAUACUCAGAAACCCUAUACAAGGUCAAGCAAGAUAAAACUGAACUGUUCCCACCAAGCUGAUAACUGGAUCAGUGUUGAACUUGUAUAAUAACUGAAAUGCAAGAUUUAAUAUCAGUCAGGUCUGAACCAAACACACCAUUCUGUUCUUUUAUAAAAUAUAUAUGGAACCUGUGCUGCAUCAUCAUGUAUACAAAUGCUAUUUUUUCUCAUUGGCUAGUCUUUAGAAGUUAUGUACUAUAGACAGUGGCACUCUGAUCAAUUAAGUGUAUUUACUUGUCAGUUAUUUAUGGUUAACUCUUUCCAGAAGAUGUUUUGUUAGGCUGUAUGAAUGUAUACUGUAUUCAUAAAAAAUAUUUUUGUUUUUUGUUGUACUAUGUUUUUUUUUUUUAUGUAAUUUAUUGUUGAGAAUAAAGAAUGUAUCUUUGGAAAACGAUAGGAAACGUUGCAAGCUGAAACUAUAACUUGGGAAACUCAGCAAUAUAUUAUUAUUUAUUUAUUGUUUUUUUAAAGAACUUACAUUUUGUACCCUUUUCUUGUUUAUUAAAUGGUAUUAUGUCAUCAGAUUGGUUGUUUUUUUAUCGUUGUUUGUUAGUCUUUUUCAUUGAUUUUAAAAUAUAAAAUGACCACGCUGUCUUUUUUGCUUCAUAUUCACCUCUAUUCACCUGGGAUAAUGUCAUUGUUCUGUUCAAGCUAGGCAUUAUAUUCUCCCUGAUAUACUUGUACCACCCACAUGGUUUUUGUUUUUUCUUAAUUAUCCAUUAAUUAAAGGUAUGGUAUACAGA